CUUCGUGGUCCUCGAGUUCCCAGAAUUCCAUUCCUGGGCAUGAUUUUGAAUGCCCGGCGCCAACUGCAGGCCACUUCGUGUUCUUCGAGUUCCCAGAACUCCAUUCCUGGGCGUGGCUCAAGUCAUCUUGGCAAGGCCAACUACUUGCGCCCCCGAAAGUUUUUCGAGCGCUGCUCUCCUCGAGUGCUUCCUGGCACUCAUUCGGUCGAAGCAGUCUAGCGCGAUGGCGUUCGUAUCCUGCUUCCGUGGGCUCUUUAAGCCCGCGCAGACGAGCCUCCCAGACAGCGCGGACCCGCGCAUCAAGAAGAGCUUCAAUGCACCAGAGCCGGUUGACCGGAAGGAGCAGAAGGACAUCAUGCGCCUGCUGGAGUCUGGCGACUUGUUCCGCUACAACCGCGAAGAUGCGCAGUCGCCCGUGUCGCUGGUGGAGAAGCAGCUGGCCGACUACAUGGGCUUCAAGUAUUGCGUCGCGCUGAAUUCCUGCGGCUCGGCCCUCUUCCUGGCCCUCAGGGCCGCGGGCGUGGCGGAGGGCACGAAGGUACUCGGCAACGCGCUCACCUUCGGAGCGGUCCCGUCGGCCGUCCACCAUGCAGGCGGAGUGUUCUGCUUUGUGGAGAGCACGCGCGACAUUGUUAUCGACGUGAACGACCUGGCAUUGAAGGCCGACGAGACUGGCGCAAAGUUCCUCAUGCUCUCGCACAUGCGCGGACGCGUGGCGGAGCUGGACCAGGUGAAGGAAGUCUGCGACAAGCGCGGAAUCACCAUCAUCGAAGACUGUGCGCACUCGUUGGGCGUGUGGUGGGGCAAGACGCACACAGGACAUCACAGCAAGGUCUGCUGCGUCUCCUCGCAAUCGUACAAGAUCAUAAACUCUGGCGAGGGUGGGUUCGCCCUGACCGACGACGACGACGUUGCUGCCAAGAUCUGCAUCAUGGCCGGGGGCUACGAGGCGAACUUCAAGAAGCACAUCUGCGUACCAGGCCCAGAGGUGUUCGGCAGGCUCGUGCCGCAGAGGUUCCCCAACUACUCCGUGCGCAUGUCCAACCUCAGCGCGUCCGUGCUUCCGUGCCAGCUGAGCAGCCUCGAGGAGCGCAUCGCGGUGGCGAACGCGAAGUACGAGCUCCUGAGGGACCGAUUCACGCAGAAGGUUGCCGCGACGCUGGGCGACAGGGCCGAGAUUUACACGCCCCAGCUGCCGGCGUGCGUGCGCCCGUGCUUCGACAGCCUCCAGUUCGUGGCCGACCUUCCCACGCAGGUCCGCGACAAGUUCAUCGCAGGCGCUAAGGCCAGGGGCGUGCCGCUGAGCAUCUUCGGCGCGCAGGGGAACGCGCGGAACUUCACCGCCUGGGAGUUCUUGGGCGCGCAGCACGUGCAAGCUGGCAUUGCAUCGUGCUCCUCGACGGCGGCCUUGGUGAAGAUGGCCUACGACGUGCGGAUUCCGCCGCAGUUCUCCGAAUCGGACGUCCGUGUCAUCGCCGACGUGCUGGCACUAUCUCUGCGGGAGGCCUUCGUGCCGUCCGCGUAGAGAAAGCUUUGUGCCAUCCAAUAUACAUACAACGCGCCGACACCCUGUCAGCUUAGGCUUCCUGGCUUCUUCAAGGCCUGGUCUUGACAGUUUUGAUUUUCUAGCCACGUAGGGGGCCGUACGUGUGGGACGUUUAAAGUCAGCGGCAAGUGUUUUUGAGCUCCUGCCAUGGAGUGGCCCGAGCGCACACAUGCCCUGGGCGUUCGACCCAUGCCGGCCAAUACCAAUACGAUUUGUCCAGUUUUAGUUCUAUGACCGAUGCUGCGUGUGUGUGUACGUACCAGCUCUUGCUCAGUGGGCUCCAGCCCGAACUCCGAAACGGGGGUCGCACUUCUCGCUCUUGCUAUCAGGGUGCUUGCGCGUGAUCAAUUUAAAAAAAGAAGUCGUUCACCUGGAUGCGACUAGGACGUGCAGGUGAUAUAUCCUGACUGCAAAUACUCGGUCGCGCUCGCUUGUAGGCUGCGCUGCGUGUAUGCCUUCAAGCAUGCUGGAGCCACGCCAAGCAUGGAGAAAAA